AUGGAAAAGUGUCUUGAAUACAUACCAUGGAGCAGUUUUAACUGGUUUGGAAGAAUAACACUUAUUCCUUUUUUUACCAUUGGCGUUAUGGUUUCUGUUCAUGCAUUAAAAGUAUAUGACGAUAAUUCAUUUUAUUGUCAUAAUGAGAUUAUAUCAAAGACGAGAGAAAGCUCUUUUUUAAAGAGCAUUGAAUCAAAAUGUUUCAGACAAUACAAAGAUGGUCUAACUUUUAAGUAUGCUGCUUUUCUUAUGGUAGUUUUUAAUUUUGGUAUUGUCUUUUUAUGGACUAUCGUCUACGGAUAUUAUGUAAAGCGUCGAAUUGAACAUAAUGAUAAUGACAGUCCAAUAGAAAACAGUGACGAACAAAGUGAACUUCUGCAUGUGGAAUAUAGCGAAGGAACUCGUCAACCUGACAACGUUGCAUUCAAUUUUUCUUCAUUUUACAUUUACAUUGUUCAUUUGGUGGUUCGCAUUAUCAUAUUAUCUGUUCUUGUUGGAUUACUUUUUUCUGCCAAGUUUCCCGUCGAAUACACCUGUAGAAGACGUCCAACUAUGAAAGAAAUUUCUUUGUUAAAUCACACUAUUUCAACCAUUGUUUGUGUAAAUCCCAACGGAGAUAAAAGUGAAUAUGUAAUCAAAGCUGUUUUAUCCUUCGAUUUCAUUGUAAUAACACUAACAAUUUUGGAGCUGUGUUACUUGACGUAUAAGACUUGGACUGAUAACUCUUUUAAAAGAGAGGAUAAAUUUUGUACAGUUUACUUGAAUUUUGUACCGCGGAGAACAAAAGAAUGUGGAAAACUUUUGGAAGAAAUUAAAAACAAUUUCGACACUAACGAAGUAUUUGAAAUACAUGACGACUUUGGCAAUGAGACGAAAGAGUGGCGAAAUCUUAAUGAUAUUUACAUUAACGUCUUAAUGCAAGAAGAUAGACAAUUAAUGAAUGCUUAUCCAGAAAUAUUUCAAAGGCACGAAAUCUUUCAUUGCUAUCUUACUAUAGGAGAAAAUAUCAAAAAAUUAUCAAGGGCAACAGAGAUUUUUAAACCAAUCCAGGGGGAGCAAGACCAAUCGUAUCCCCGUACCAUUUUAGUUAUUGGAAGGCCAGGAAUUGGUAAAACUAUGUUAACAAAAAAAAUUUUACUUGAAUGGAUAAAAAAUUCAGAUGAAUUUUUUUUUGAUAAACUAGUUCUUUUAAUUCGAUGUCGUACUAUUAAAAAUGGCAGCAUUAAUCUCAAAGAUAUGUUAAGCGAUUGUGAUGGAUUUUUAGAUGAAGAAUUUUCUAACAUUUAUGACUUUAUAAUCAAUAAUCCUGAAAAAACUGUUCUUGUCUUUGAUGGUUUUGAUGAACUAUCUUUGAAUGAAGAAAGCCUUAAAAUUGAUCGUUCAAUCAUCCAUGAUUCGAAAAUGCCAGCAUUUAGACUAUUAAGUUUUUUGGUAAAACGUAAACUGUUGCCUGGUGUCACUGUUGUUAUAACAUCACGACCCACAGCUGAACAUGCAUUUGAUGAACUAAAAUUUGACCGAACAGUGGAGAUCUUAGGGUUUUUUGAAGAACAGAUCAAAGAUUAUAUCGAAAAGUUUUGUGGUGAUGACAAGAAAACCAAUGAGCUGAUUUUGAAUUGCAUUAAUAAUUCUAAUGAACUUCGUAGCCUGUGCUACAUCCCUGUCAACACUUAUAUUGUUUGUUUGACCCUAAAGGAAUGCUUUGUAAAUAAUGCUGACGAUAUUCCAAAGACAAUCACUGAAUUGUACAACAGAGCAAUUAAAAUCUUACUAUGGAGACAUCAUCCUUUUCUUAAAGAAGAAACACCGCCGAAAAAUCAUUUGACUAUCCCUUUACCAUCCUUGCUUGAUACCGAUAUAAAAAAAAUAAAAGAAACAGCAAAGAGAGGACUUGAGGAAGGAAAUUUGAUUUUUGAAGAAGAGAAUAAUACAGAAUUUCAUAAUUUGGCAAACUGUGGUAUUUUUCAUCAAGUACCACAUAAACGACGCUUUUUUUAUUGUUUUCUUCAUUUAACUCUUCAGGAAUUUCUAGCUGCGUGGUGUAUUGUUGAGGAUUAUCCAAAUAUUGGACAGUUUUUGGAUGAUCACGUUGCAGAUCCUAAAUGGCAUUUGGUGAUUGAAUUCAUUGCUGGUUUAGUUGGACAUAUGAAAAAAAAAGGAAAAGUAGAGGAUAUUAACGUUGUUGAACAAAGAUUUAAAAAUUGGAUUUCAAACAUGUUUUCCUUCACUGGAGAUAAAGUCCUUGGUUUUCUUGGAGUAAAGUGCCUAUACGAGUUGCAGGACAAAGAUGUCAUGAGGUCAGCUUGCACAGAGUUAGAGAAUUUUUCCCAAGAAACGUGGAUUGAUGGAGUUUCUUUUACGCCUGUUGACUCAAACGCAUUGUUUGAAUUUCUUUCUGAAUUUGAACACAUAUCUGAUCUUACUUUUCACGAUUGCAAGUUUCUUGAUAAUCAUAGCUGUCUUCCAAUAAAAAACUAUUUGUUAAAUAAGGAGGAGAAAAAUUUGAUCAGCUUAAGUUUUUGGAUGUGUGCUUUAGGCAAUUAUUUUUGGAAGCAUCUAAGCGAAGCUUUGACAAGUAAGAACUGCAAACUUACUACGUUGAAAAUGAGUUGCCGCGCAAUAGAUGAUGAAGGUGCUAAAUAUCUUAGUGAAGCAUUGAAAAGUGAGAAUUGUAAACUUACUAAGUUUGUAAUGAUAGGCAGCAAUAUAGGUGAUGAAUGUGCUAAAUAUCUUAGUGAAGCAUUGAAAAGUGAGAAUUGUAAAAUUACUGAAUUGCGUGUUAAAGGGAGCAAGAUAGGUGAUGAAGGUGCUAAAUAUCUUAGUAAAGCAUUGAAAAGUGAGAAUUGUAAACUUACUGAAUUGCAUAUUACGGGUAGCAUUAUAGGUAAUGAAGGUGUUAAAUAUCUUAGUGAAGCAUUGAAAAGUGAGAACUGUAAACUUACUGAAGUGCAAAUUAUGGGUAGCAAUAUAGGUGAUGAAGAGUAA